AUGAAGAAGAAGAAGAAGAUGAUGCUGAUGAUGAUGAUGAUGAAGAAGAGAAGGCCGAGGAGGACGGAGCGGCGGCCGCCGGGAAGUUCAGACUUCAGGUCCGGCCCUGCGAGCUCUACGCCUGCAACUUGCCACGGAGCACCGACAUCUCCCAGCUUUUGGACCUCUUCAACCGCUACGGCACUGUCAUUUCCGUCGAGGUUUCACGAGAUGCUGUAACUGGCAUAAGUCGUGGAUGUGGUUUUGUUACAAUGAGUUCUCUAGCAGAAGCAAAAGCAGCAAUUUCUGCUCUUGAUGGAUCUGACCUUGGUGGGCGUGAAAUGUGUGUGAAAUUUUCGGCUGAUAUGGUCUCUGGAAGAAAAAAUACAGAGGCCUUAAAUACGACACCCAAGAAAGACAUUGUCUUUGAAAGUCCAUAUAAGGUCUAUGUGGGUAAUCUUGCUUGGUCUGUAAGACCUGAAGGUUUGAGGGAGCAUUUUAGCCAAUUUGGAACUGUUGUAAGUACUAGGGUGCUUUAUGACCGUAAAGGAGGGAAAAACCGUGUCUAUGGAUUUCUUUCAUUCUCUUCAGCUGAUGAACAGAAGGCUGCAAUAGAGUCGAAUGGAUCGGUAUUUCAUGGGCGGACAAUGUUGGUUAGGGAAGUCGUCAAUAGGGAAGAAGCAUGAUGCCACAACUUGGUUUCAUUCAACAUCAAAGAAGCAGUUUCAUCCCUAUAUGAAGUAGUACUUUAUGUUGCUGCAAUCUUAUUUAUUGGAUCCUUGGUAUGAUGAAAAGAGGCUCUAUAAACGUACCUUGUUGAAUUUGCCGUGUGUAUGAGAUGCAUUGCUCAAAGUUGAUUUUGAAUGGAAUUACAUAUUGCUGUGGCGAUUGUUUGUUCAUGAGCCAGCAUCUGAUUUGCAGGUCUUAUUGACAGCUGCUCUUUCUUUACCAACUCAUGCGAGUUUUGUAGGUCUUCUGGAUUUGUUGAGUGCAUUACUUCUUUUUCUUAUUGAUUGCAGACAUCUCAAUUCACAGAUAUACUCGAUCACAUUUCAUCAAUUUGUACAAACAUAGUUCGAGGAUCCAACUAUUUAUUAGAACUAAUGAAUUUGAAGCUUGAAUUCCUCUAU